CAAAAUAUGUAGAGUUAGAAAAUGCUAUAAACAUUUGGACAAAACAGGUUAUUUCACAAAAUGGCAUACUAACGAAUGGAAUUUUACAGCUUCAAGCUAAAAAAUUCGCAGAAUUAUUAA